GCCGUGCUCAGCCCGUCGCCCAGCAGCAGCUCCGAGCGGCGUUUAGCCUCCCGCAGCAAGUCGCAGCUCCCCGUCCCGAGCAGCAGAGGGCAGCAGACACGAGCCCCCGCCGCUGUCAGCAACAACAACCAGAGUCCGGUCCAGACGCCCCCCAGCAGCAGCAGCAGGAGAACGAAGCAGGUUCCUUCAAGCAGCAGCAACAACAACAACCGCAGGAACAACAUGAACGACAGCAGCCAGUCUCACAGAGACAUCUGGAUCCUCCACAGAGACCUGCAUGAGAGCAACAACAACCAGUAGACCCCCCUCCCCACACACACCCCUCCAUCCACCUCCCCCCAUGAUGUAAAGACCUGACGACCUUUGAUUUGUACUUGUUAUCUGUUCCACUGUACCACAGCUGUGUUCUUGGGGACCAUAGUUUUAUUCUCUUACAGUUUUUGAAAAAUGUGACGGAUCGCAGGUGAACACACUCGACAGACUGAAGAUGAAGCAGCAGAUCUUUCUUCCUGUUGCCUUAAUUCCAGUGUUUCAGCCUGCGUGUUCUGAGGCAGGAAACGUCAACGAGGUGGAACCUGCCUCCAACACUCAGUCGUUUGGUGGUCCGAAAGUUGAAAAAAAAAAACGCGAAUUUCUGUCCUAGAAAUGAGGAAGAAACAAUCAGGCUUUUUCUUCUUUUUGCUAUUAAGUAUUUUGAAAUAUUCAAGUGUUUUCUCAGCUGUUAGUUGCAAGGUUGGUUUAAAUACUGUUAAAAUGAAUCAGGGUUUUACCAAAUAUAUUUGUAAAUAAGAGUUAGUAGUUUAAAUGCUCUAUAGAUUGGUGUACGUGGUCUGACGCUUGUACAGUGAUUAAAUAUUCGACUAAUACAAACAAACCUUGUAAAUAAAUGUUUGUAAACAGUUUGGUUUUGAACCCUCCACUUGUUUCAAAGUGAACGGGAUGUGGCAAUAAGUCAUAGAUCUGUAGAAACCCAGGAUGUCCUGUGUCCUCUGUAAGCCAUAAGAAAUGAGUUCAACCUCCAUCGUUUUCACCUCCGCUCCCAGCCCACCUGAGCCCACCUUUAUUUGUCGUUUUUCCAUCCUUUGUUUGUUUAUUCGAACAGUGGAGUUGUCUCUACACGUGUACAGGAACAUUUAGUCCAGCUUUGUUUUCAUCUGUACCAUAAGCUGAAAUAAAAAAAAAAUGUCUUUUGAGCACAAAUAAUAAAACGUCACAUAAAAAUCUG